AGCAAUCCUUCCCAGUUCAGAGACACAGCCAGCGAACGCAGGUGGUUUGGGACGUGACGCCCUGCAGUCGGGUCGCCAGCCUGAGGAGUCAGCCACGCCCGGCGCUGCCGCCACCAGCACCCUCCCGGGCCAGUUCAAACAGAGGACGCCCAUGUACAACGCCAGCAACACUGCCACCAGCCCCACCGCCCCCGCCUCGCCCAGCACGCCAGCCAGCACCCCCGCCAGCAGCAACGGACCCCCGGCUGCCGCCACCGCCACGCAGCCCGAGACCCCCACCACACAGCCCCCCCAGCCCCCGACGCCCACGCCCCAGCAGCCCCAGCCCAAGAAGAACCUCUCGCUCACAAGAGACCAGAUGUAUGCUGCUCAGGAAAUGUUCAAGACGGCCAACAAGGUUACCAGACCAGAGAAAGCGCUCAUCCUUGGCUUCAUGGCCGGAUCCAGAGAGAACCCAUGUCCGGAGCAGGGGGACAUUAUCCAGAUAAAGCUGAGUGAACACACAGAGAUCCUUCCCAAGGCGGAUGGCACGGGCAGCACCACCAUGCUGGUGGACACAGUGUUUGAGAUGAACUACUCCACAGGACAGUGGACCCGCCUCAAGAAGUACAAACCAAUCACCAACGCCUCCUGAGGAGGCUGCUGGCCUGCCUGUCGGGACUAUACAUACAUACAUACAUACAUACAUACAUACAUACAUACAUACAUACAUACAUACAUACAUACAUACAUACAUACAUACAUACAUACAUACAUACAUACAUACAUUUGCAUGCGCAAGCAUCAACACACAGACCAAAUCCUCCUCUGGUGGACAGGGACUUGUCACACACACACUUGUGCAUACACACAUGGGCCAAAUUCAGUGUGUGAGGGGCUAGGGAGGGUUAAGUGGGAGGGAUAGGAGGGUACAGGUUAAGGGGGUAUGGCUCCCUCUUUCAAAGUUCCUGCAUUGCCAGGCAGGGGGGAUACUCAACUUUAUUCCCCCCAUUGGUUUGUUUUUCUGUUCCCUCAGAUUCCUGAAUGUUUGGUAAGGGGAGGGGUACAAAGUUAUACCUUAUUUUGAUAAGACAACUUAACACUUGCUUUACUAUUAAAGGUACAAGCAUGCCACACUAUGUCAAGAGAAAGUCGUUAUUACAACUGUCUGUGUUUUUCAUUGUGAGAAGGUAAAUAAUGGGACGUUUGCAGCUUACCAAGAAGGGAAGAAAAUAAAGUGAAAACAUGUUCAGA